UCAAAGCGGAGUUCUUUUCUCCGAGUGUGUUGCACUUAUUUACACGUGUUUUAGGAUGGCCCCGAAGAAAGAAAAGGCCGCCGCGGCCCCAAAAGGCGACAAGAAAGUGAAAAAGGGCAACCGCUUCAAGAACGCCCUGCUGGCCGAUGGGGUGCGCCGUUUUUCCAAGGGUAAGGUGUUCCAGCGCAAGAAGUUGUUCGCGCUGAAAAACCUGAAGAAGGUCCGUGUGGAGAAACCGAAGGUCGCCAUUACUGUGGUGAAGAAGAUCGGCGGUGCCAAGAACGGAGGCGAACGUAAGGUGCUGCUGAAGAAGAACAAGAGCUACCUGCCGACCAAAUCGAUCGUCCGCAAGCGCGCCGGAAAGCGGUGCUUCCGGCACCACAAGCGCUCGAUCCGCAGCUCCUUGAAGAAGGGUAAGGUGCUGAUCCUGUUGGCCGGUCGCCAUAAGGGAAAGCGCGUUGUGCUGCUGAAGUCGCUGAAGUCCGGACUGCUGCUCGUCACUGGACCAUUCGCCCUGAACAGCUGCCCGCUGCGUCGCAUCUCCCAGAACUACGUCAUCGCCACCAAGACCCGGGUCAACCUGGACAGCUUCAAGGUGCCGAAGCACAUCAACGACACCUACUUCCGCCGUAUGAAGAAGAAGAAGAACACCCGCACCGAACGGGACAUCUUCGCCGAGAAGGUCGAGAAGUACGUGCCCUCGGAGCAGCGCAAGGCCGACCAGAAGACGGUGGACGAGGCCGUGCUGAAGGCCAUCAAGGGACACAAGGAGGGCAAGAUCGUCCGUCGGUAUCUGAAGUCCAUGUUUGCCCUGCGAACAAACCAGUACCCUCACCGAAUGCAAUUCUAAGAAAGGCGCAUCGUGCUGUUUUUCGAUUUUUUCCAGGGGUUGACAAAACAAGAUCGCGGGGUCGACCCUCUAAAGUCUUUUCAUAAGUUACGACGAAACAACAAACAAACAACGGGAGGAUAACUUUGUUUUUAAGGUUAAAUAAGCGUGUCAACUACUGAAGAAGUAAACACCUGGAUUGUAUAACUUCAGAGAAAUACAUUUAAAGAUUGUAUCUUUAAAUAUGAA